AUGACGUCACAUGCCGAGACAUUUUACGAUCAGCUGUGCCAACCGUCGUCUUCAUCGCAGGCGCAGGACACUUUCCCAUGGAAUCGAUUGCCAAGGGAGCUGCAAGUGAAGAUUCUGGGAAACCUAAAUCGUCGCGAUCUGGGCCGAUGUCGAUCGCUAUGCAGAGAGAUGUUCGACAUCAUCAGGAACAGUGAGAGCUCGAUGAAAAGAAGACACAUCGACGUCGUACGGAUCGAGAGGAUUGGUCAGAACCGUGUCCAGCUGGUCAUGCGCUGUGAUGAGGAGGGAAAGUGUAGAAAAUGGAUCGCAUGUCAGAAGAGGAAGAGACGAGAUUCAGCCGAAUUUACUACAGAUAUCAAAAAAGCAUUCGUGGAUCUGUUCCCGGCCAUAGCAGCGGCUCCAAUUGAAGUCCAUCCCUUCUCCUUAUGA